AUGGAUCACCUGCUGAUGGUGUUGGUGUUGCUGUGGAGUUCAGGACUCCAGGCUGAAGAUAAACACCAACCAACAGGUUCUCAGUGUGAAAGCACAGCCAAGGCUGACAUCGUACUGUUGGUCUGUGAAUCCAGGAACACCACCUCUGAAGACCAUGAAAACAUUAAAUCCUUUCUAACUCAAAUAGUCAACAACUUCAACAUCGGCCCUGACAAAGUCCAGAUCGGUCUGCUUCAGUACGCUGACAGAUCAGUGACCCAGUGGUACCUGAACGCCCAUCAGACCAAACAAUCCCUGCUGGAGGCCAUAGCCAACCUGCCACAGAGAGGAGGAGACUAUGACUACUACACAGGAAGAGCUCUGAGUCACAUCCAAUAUGAUUUGUUUCAACCCAAUAAGGGAAUGCGUUCAGACUCCCAAAAAAUUCUCAUCCUGAUUACUGAUGGAGAGUCUGAGGACGACGUAUCCCUCGACUCACAGCGCCUGAGAGACGACGGCAUUGAGAUCUACACUAUUGGUGUAAAGAAUGUAAACGAGACUCAGCUGAGGACCAUCGCCUCAGAUCCUGAUGAAAUUCACAUGUUCAGUGUCAUCGACUCCUCGUUCCUCCUGGACAUCGUUGCCAACCUCACCAUCAACCUCUGUAACAGUGCCAACAGCUUAGAGCUGUUGAAGGAACCAGGAAAGAGACCUUGCUUCUUGACCCAUCAAGAGGCCUCCCUGGUGGAGGUCCUGGGAAGGAGCUGCCCAUCUCUGAUCCACCGUAUGGAUCCUCUCAGAGAUUUCCUCGUCAGGGUGUUCACCGUGGUUGCUGGUGUUCCCACUCUGCCCACAGGUCCCACAGGCUCCGAUGCCAAUGUCCCAGAGGUGCCUGAAGAUGUUGGACUCACCUGCUCAGAGCCUGUCAGGUUGGUGGGAGGAGCCAGUCGCUGUGCAGGUACACUGGAGGUGAAACGAACAGAGUGGAGACCAGUGAGAUACUCUGACUGGACCCUGAAGGAAGCAGCAGACUCUGUCAGGCUGGUGAAUGGGACUAGUCUGUGUUCAGGCAGACUGGAGGUGAAGUCUGAGCAGUCGUGGUCCUCAGUGUGUGAAGCUGACUUUGACCAGCAGGAUGCAGAGGUGGUCUGUAGGGAGCUCGGCUGUGGGGCUCCUUCAGUCCUCCAGGGGGCGCUCUAUGGAGAAGUGGAGGCUCCGAUGUGGACCAAAGAGUUCCAGUGUGGAGGCCAUGAGUCUGCUCUCCUGGACUGUGGAAGAUCAGACUCAGCUAGAAGCACCUGCUCACCUGGCAAAGCUGUUGGACUCACCUGCUCAGAGCCUGUCAGGUUGGUGGGAGGAGCCAGUCGCUGUGCAGGUACACUGGAGAUGAAACAGGGAGAGUGGAGACCAGUGUGGGACUCUGACUGGACCCCGAAGGAAGCAGCUGCAGCCUGCAGAAAUCUGGACUGUGGCUCUGCUGUUUCAAUAGGAAGCAGAAAUGAAGCCUCAGACAGACCUGUAUGGUUGAUCAGUUCCUACUGUGUUCAUUCUGGAUCUGCACUGAGGGACUGUGCAUCAUCAUCUUCCUCUUCCUCCAUCAUGGAGCUCACCUGCUCAGACCUGCUGGUUCAGCCAAUCAUCUCUGUGUCUUCUACCAUGGACAGGGUCUCCGAGGCCCAGCAGCAGGGGUUUCGGGUGCGCCGGGGCUCCGACUUCACCAUCAGCUGCUCCGUCCAGCCUCAGUACCCAGGAGGCUCCUUCCAGCUCACCUUCACCUCCUCCAACAUGGCACACAACUACACCCAGCCAGCUGUCAGUCACUCCGCUGACUUCCUGUUUCCUGCUGCAGACCCCGCCCAUCAAGGAAACUACAGCUGUGUUUAUGGCGUCUAUGUUUUUGCUCAUAACUUCUCCUCUGAGAGCCGUCUGCUGUCUCUCACUGUCACAGGUAAGCUGAAGCAGAGUGUGAAGCUCAGUGGAACUGAGACGUCACACUGACUUUGUUUCCAUGUUUGUAAAACAUGAUAAAAAGUCAUCAGGCAGCAGGACCGACCC